GGCUCAAAUUAUAAUUUAAACGCGACUUGUCCCAAAAUGCUGCCGAUUUUCAGGUUCUUCAUCGUUUCCAAGAGCACUGUGUUGGAGUACAACCUAGUGCUGGUGGUGGCGGGCAUUAUAUUCAUGUUGGACGUCUACCAUCACGUGAACGCGAAGCAGAAGACGCUUCCCAACAUAUCACUGCGCAGCUACACUCUGGGCCUAAUUCCGUGGCUGUCCUGGAUGCGGGGACUGUCCAUCGUCUCGUACAUACUGAAUGGCCUGCUCGGCAUAUGGAUGGCCCGUCGACCGAGCUUCUUCAAGUAUUGGGGCUAUGUGCUGACCAGCAUCAUGUUGCUGAUCUACACAUUCAGCAUCGCUGUGUCGCGCUUCUUCUUUCCCGACUUUGAGUUCUAUUGCCAUCUGCUAAUAGAGGCAAUCUGGACCGCCAAUGAAAUGGGCCUGCUGGAACGUGAGUUCGACUGCUGCGGCAAGGCCGGCGUUAUAGACUACAUCAUGACUAAUCGCACACCCUCGGCGAUGAGCUGCUGCGAGGUUGAGGACUGUCACGGCUGCAAAAAGAGCUUCAAUGAUUUUCUGUGGAACAUCGAAAUGGAAAUCGCACGCGACAACUUUACACUUUUUGUGAUGAUGUUGAUUGGCCUGGUCAUCAUGACGAUUUUCUUUCACAGCUUGGUUCUAUUCCAGGAUCCCUAUGAACCGGAGUCCUCAACCUUGCCAUCCUCAUCAUAGUUACUCUACAUUUGUUACUGUUUAACACAACACGUUCUUCGCUCAAGUGCCGCAAAGGCUUAUAUGCCCAUUUAUAUUUAAAGAAACGAUUACAGUUGUAUGGACUCGUAACAUACAUAAAUAUAUACCUCAUCGCUAUUCUUUUAUCGGGUAUACAUGAAAUAAUAUAAUAAAAGUUUGCAUGCUAAAA